UCUCUGUGCCUUACCAGUUCUAUACCAGAGUGCACUUUCUGCUUCAGUGACUCCACUGAUUCAGAGUAAGGUUUCUGGAAAAGGAUUGUUUUACAGAAUCAAUAAGGUUGGAAGAGGCCUCAAGAAAUCAUUGAGUCCAAACCCCUUCUAGAGCAGGUACCUUACAGUAGGUUGCACAGGUAGGUGUCCAGGUGGGUCUCAAAUAUCUCCACUGAAGGAAACUUCACAGCUCCCUGGGCAGCCUGUUCUGGUUGCUCUGUCACCCUUACUGUGAAGAAGUUCUUUUGCAUGUUAGUCCAGAACUUUCUGUGUUCAAGUUUUAGGCCAUUACUCCUUGACCUGUUGCCACACGCCACUGAAGGAGCCUCGCCACAUCCGUUUGCCUCCCACCUCCAAUUAGAUAUCCAUAAACAUUAAUUGGGUCCCCCCACAGUUUUCUUUUCCCCAGACUGAACGAACCCAGGUUACUCAGCCUUUCCUCACAAAGGAGAUGUUCCAGGCCCUUAAUCAUCUUUGUGGCCCUCCUAGGGGCCCUCCACUGGACUCCUUUUAGGAGAUCCCUGUCAUUUUUGAGCUGGAGAGCCCAGAACUGGACAUAGUAGUUUAAACGUGGCCUCAUCAGGGCAGAGUAGAGAGCGAGUGUUCCCUUCCUCAACCUACUGGUCAUGUUCUUUUUAAUGUGCCCCAGGAUACCAUUGGCCUUAGCAACAAGGGCACACUGCUGGCUCAUGGACAACCUGUUGUCCAGAACCCCCAGGCCCUUCUCUGCAGAGCUCCUCUCCAGCAGGUCAGCCCCUAACCUAUAACGAUGCAUGAGAUUACUCCUCCCUGGGUGCAAGACUCUACACUUGCUCUUGUUAAACCUCAUCACAUUCCUGUUGAAUGGCAGUACAGCCUUCAGGUCACUGAUGAAGAUGUUGAACAAGACCAGAUCCAGCAUCAACCCCUGGGGAACACAGCUAGUUACAGGCCUCCAACCAGACUCUGCGCUGCUGAUACAACCCUCAAAGUUCUGCCAGUCUGCCAUCAAUCCACCUCACUGUCCACUGAUGUAUCCCACAUUUUCUAAGUUUCGUAACAAGGAUGUUCUGAGAGACAAUGUCAAAUGCCUUGCUGAAGCCAAGUACAGGAAUCUCUACAAGCAAGUGUUCCGUCACCUCACGCUUCAAAUGCACAGGAGUCUGUAGGAGGGAGACCACCGGCCUUCCAAAAUAUUUCACCUGUUAGUAGGGCACAUGGUGCACCAGACACUUCGGAAUUAGCAAGAAUCUUACCUCAAAAAUACAGAAGGAAACU